GUCACCAGCUUCACCGAAGUACGUGCAUAGGCGGCCAAUGCCGCUCGUCUCAAGCACCAGGUAUGGCCCCGACCGCCCCAAGUACCUUGGCCCGUUGUCCGGUGAGAGUCCAUCGUACCUGACUGGAGAGUUCCCCGGCGACUACGGCUGGGACACCGCUGGACUGUCCGCGGACCCCGAGACGUUCGCUCGCAACAGGGAGUUGGAGGUGAUCCACGCCNGCUGGACUGUCCGCGGACCCCGAGACGUUCGCUCGCAACAGGGAGUUGGAGGUGAUCCACGCCCGCUGGGCCAUGCUCGGCGCGCUCGGCUGCCUCACCCCGGAGCUGUUGGCCAACAGCGGCGUCAAGUUCGGAGAGGCUGUGUGGUUCAAGGCCGGCGCUCAGAUCUUCUCCGAGGGUGGGCUGGACUACCUGGGCAACCCCAACCUCGUCCACGCUCAGAGCAUCUUGGCCAUCUGGGCCUGCCAGGUGGUGCUCAUGGGCGCCGUGGAGGGAUACAGAGUGAACGGUGGGCCAUUGGGAGAGGUGGUGGACCCCCUCUACCCGGGCGGCAGCUUUGACCCCUUGGGCUUGGCCGAUGACCCCGAGACCUUGGCUGAGCUGAAGGUUAAGGAGCUCAAGAAUGGCCGCUUGGCCAUGUUCUCCAUGUUCGGCUUCUUCGUCCAGGCCAUCGUCACCGGCAAGGGCCCAUUGGAGAACCUGAACGACCAUCUGGCUGACCCCGUCGCCAACAACGCCUGGGCCUACGCCCAGAACUUCGUCCCUGGAUCUUAGAUGUAUAGAGUAUACAGGGUCAGGCUGAUCCACUAUUCACAUCAUACUCAGAUAGCACCAGGCAAUACUUAGCUUUUUCUUGGAGGGCAGCUCAUGCCCAGAACUAGACAGGAUGCUAUGGCUGGGGGGCGGGAAUCGUCAUGAUGUUUCCUAAUUGCUCUGCUCUUACCACUGGGGGUCUGGCUGGAUAGCACUGCCUUUCAGUCGUAGCCUCUUAGGGUGUCUUCAUGCCCAUCAGCACUCAGCCUAACCAUUAGAGCCGAUAAUUCUUCGUUGGAGCUGCACUCAGUAUAUCGAGUCAGUGACAACCUCCUCUGUACAUAACACAGAAUCAGUGAUCCCUAGUAAUUGUAUUCAAUACCUUUAUGAUCAAAUCUUCCUUGUCUGCAAGUUGAAACUUUCAUUUCUGGUUGCAUUAAAGUGUA